ACACUGUUUUAUACACAAUUAAGUCUGUGAUAGAGCUCGUUCGGUCACAAACACACUUCAUUGUCUUUCAAGUUUGCUUCCUAUUAAGGUGAGGGCUUCCUCAUCCGCAUCAGUCGACCAAUUGUUGAUCAUGGCUCACCAAGCAGGGGACAUUUUGUGGGAUGCGCUGGCGUCAAAUCUACACUUCUAUCUGCCAGAGCACCCGCUAAAACCGCCAGCGGCAAAUCUAUAUAUUCUGUCCGGCCUUUACCAGGCUAGAGAUAUAGAAGCUUUUAUAUUCACAUUCAUACGCACCAUCUCGGCGCACACUUUACGGGAGCGACAGAAGUACCCUGAGAAAUAUGAUCCUCCGAAUGAAGAAGAUGUUGUUCUUGACAACGAUACAGUAAACAGAAUCAGCCGAACUGUUUACCGAUGGCGCCUAGCUGCAGGCAGCAAUGGGUUUGGAUGGGAUAAGAGCAAUGAGGUGAAACUUACAUCGCAGCCAUGUCUGCAUUAUACAGAUGAGAAUCGGCGCUAUACACAUGAUGUCAAUGAUCCUAGGGAUAGGGAUUAUGACGACGGGUUUCAGUUCAACUGCGACUGCACAAUACCAUUUCGAGAAAGAAAAGCACAUGCGUUUCUCCGUGAAUGCCGAAUUAAUUAUUGCUAUUGUUUUGAAGGUGUAAACAAGGGAGGCUUCUUUAACCUGGAAGUUAUUAAGACACUCUUGAUACAUGGUGAAAUUGAUACGGUUUUGCGCGUUUGUGCCCACCCCGAUGUGAAGUAUGCGAGCUGGAAGUCUGUGCAGAAUUGUGCAUGUAUGGAGGCCGAUCUAGGGUGGAAUCACUUGUAUAGUUUGGCCUUGGAUGCGUAUAUUGUCCUAAACAUCUUGUACUGCUUCCCGAAGCUUCGUGGUUCAAUAUCAGGACGUCAACCCCCUCGAUCAAACGAAUCAUAUGAGCGAGACUAUCGAGAUACCAAAAUUUACCAGGAAAUGCUAUACAAGUGCACAAAAUCACACUAUUCCGAGGUUACAAAGCAUAUUCAUCGACAGUUCUUCGGUAUCAAAGACGAUUACUUUGGUAACUCAUUUAAAAUUCAACGUGGCUUGGAGUGGCCGAUCCUUGCCAAAACUGCUACAUAUCCUCAAUCACCCGACAGGCCGGAUAACCAACCUUUAUUCUCGAUUUUGAGGGGCCUGAGAUCUUGGCGAAUGAAGGCAUUCAUCAAUGACGAUGACUUUCCAUUUGGAAAUGUCCCAUUCGAAAUAUUCUUGAAUUGCGAUGAAGAGGCGCCUUGGGUUCCUCAUAAGUUAGAAGUUGCGGAGUGCUAUCGCACUCUACGUACUAUAGGACUACCUGAUGAGCUGAUAUGCGAGAUUGCCGAACUUGCCUACGGCGCUUAUGGUGAUGAACCUUGGCGCCGACUGCUUGUGGCGCAUGAUCCAUUUCACCCAGAAAACUACGAUGAACUUGUUGGUUACCUGGGCAGUUGCUGGGAUAUUAUGGUCCGGUGCAAUAUCUUUGCGGAGGCCGUAGGUAACCCAAUAAAUUGGCAAUCGGAGUUGAAACUUUGUCUACGACGACUCUUCCGGAGUCCUCGAGGGGACAAUCUUGAUUGGAAUGGGUUGGAUACUGAUAUGGAAGACUUAAUAUUUGAAUUAAUCCAACCAUGAGCCUCCCCAGAGAACAAAAUAUUGCCAAUAGUGUCAUUCGCUCCUACCUCUUCUGUCACAAGAGCUUUUUUAUGGCAAGAAUUUUACGAUUAUUAGGGUUCAGUAUCAGUAGAGGAAAAACCGUCAGUAAUAUAUCUUCAUUUUGUGUCCUUUUUUUUUUGCUACAGUUCAGGAAUUGGUCUUCCUCUCUGCGGAUAAUUCUAUAAGCUGGCGAAGGCCAUUCGAAUGAAUAAAUUGCAGAUAUAUAAGUG